AUGAAUAAUGCUCUAUCAGCACGUAACACUGUAAUAGACUACCUAUAUACAGUAAAUGACAAAGGAAAAAUCUUUAUUGUCUGCCUUGAAAAUAAAAAAUGCAGUUGUGGACAGUUUCAAUAUGAUGAAAUACCAUUCCCGCAUGCUUUGGCUAUUUUAAACAAGAAUAAAUUCAAAUUAGGUCCAUAUUGCUCAGAUUAUUACAAGCCAGAAAUUGUGUUGAAAACAUAUGAGAUUCCAGUGUAUCCUUUUUCAGAUGUGACUGACUGGCAGAUACCCGAAGAAGUUGCAAAAGAAGUGGUACUACCAUCAAAGUUUAAAAGGCCUCCUGGAAGACCAAAGAAAAAGCGAGAAAAGUAA